AUGUCGAAAGUACCAAAAUAUGGUGAAAUUUACCGUGUUCCCGACUCUAUGAGUGCUUUGGUAGUGAUUUUGACUAUUCUAUUAAGAAAUUUUCAAAGAACAUCAGCAUUAGAAGACGGAAGGAGGUAUGCUUCUCCGGCAAAGCGUCUCGAAAGUUUCACAAGUAGAUAUACAAUACCCACAAACGAUCCUGCUUUAGCAGCCAAACUUCCAUUCACUUUUGGUUAUCGAUUCACUGAUGAUUACGGCACCACACAAGUUCGAGAAGAAAAAACGGAUCCAGAUGGUGCCAAAACUGGUUCAUACAGCUUCAUAGAUCCAUCCGGAACUUAUAGAAGAGUUGAUUACAUCGCAGAUCACCGUGGAUUCCGAGCUACCGUUAGAACUAAUGAACCAGGAACAGUACCAGUAGAUCCAGCUCAUGUGAGUGUUCGAGUCGAAGAAAAUUUGAACAACAAUCAGCCACAAUUGCAACCAAUUCGAAAUUCACCACAGCUGGAGUAUAGCAGUCACAUAUUUUCUCGCUAUAAUUUUACUUCGAACCCUCCCCAAGAAAAUAAUCAUUUUAAUGAGCCAUUACAAAAUUUAAGAGUUGUGGAUCAAAACUCUUUAUACAACAAUGGCCCUAUAUUUGAGGCUCAGAGGAAUUUACCCAGAAGACAACAAGAUACAUACAAUCCUCCGUUUGGUUCGAAUGCAAAUUAUUACCAAAAUAACAUAUCUCCUAACAAACCACCGGUUUUCCAUCAAAAUGUGCCAAAUGAUUAUAAUUCAGAAUUGAAAUCAGAUAUUUACUUUGAUGCACCGAAUGUCAAUCAAGAAUAUAUUUUCAGAGAAAAAACAUCAAACAUUGGCUCUAACACUCCAAGUUAUUCUUUGAUUAAUCCGGCCUUACCACCUAACCGAUAUCCAAGACGACUCCGGAAUCCAAGACCUAGACCAAAAGACAGUCCACAGUAUGAAAUCCAUACUCCUAAAGGCUUCGAAAAUUAUCCGGAGUUGCCAUUGUAUAGAGAUAAAUAGUUGACAAAAUAUUAAAUUGUUGGUUUAGCUUUCAUGCUAAGAGUAAAUUUGCUUAAGAAUGCUGAGACAUAUUGUCUCUGUUUAUGAAAGAUGAGGCAUGUUGUCUGUGAUAAUUUGAAGGUAGAAUGAGGCUGUGUCAGAUCGACCAGAGAGAGCUACGAGCUUGAUUUAAAAGUUGUAAUCGUUUGCAAGUUCAGUCCUGAUUAAACUUUAUUAUUGAUGUUAGGAACUGAAUCAGCUUAGAACAACAGAGAAGAAAUCGUAUUUAUUGCUGGUCCUGUGUAUUUUGCAGCAUGUAACGUUUCAAUAAUGUAUCAGGACACUAGUCUUUUGGGUAUAACCUAAAACUUUCAUGGAAAAAAAUGUGUAGUAUUUGCCAUAGAACACUUGACGGAAACAGUCGUAUUAAAAACAGUUUUGACAUCAGUUUUCACAAACUAUAAUUUGGUCGUAACCAACAAAUGGUCACAGAGGAAAAGAGAGAUAAGACAACAAAAUGAUUACUUUUCCAUACUUUUAGAAAAGAAAACAAACGUGCUAGCUAUGAAUAAAACUGUUUCAGAAGUUUUGAAAAAUGUAAAUUAAGAAUUCUAUUCAGCACUACAAAAGAUAUGAUUAGCUUUGAUGCAACUUCCAACAAAAAAAAAGGAUAUUUGAAACUAACAACAAAAUAAUUAAUGUUUCUAAUGUAAAGUUCUUUCCAAUAGUUUACAAUUGACCAAAUCUAAAAUCAAAAAAAUCCUUUUAUAUCACAUAAAAAUAUUAGUCUCGGUUACUGAAUCUUUUAUUUUGACUUCUUAUGCUAUUUACAAAGGAUUUUUUUUAAAUAUCUCAUAAAAAUUUUAAAUAUACCUUAGCAAUUAAAGAGAUGAAUUUCCGAUGUCUUUUAAAACUAUACACACCUAAGUUAUCUAUUUGACGAGUUUAAUUUUGCGAACUCAAUACAUGUUGGUUAUAAAAAUUAAAAAUAAUAACAUGAACAUAAUCUUCAGAAAAUCGCAACUGGCUUAAAGAAGGUAUCAAAUAUUUACUAAUUAUUAAGAUUAUUUAAAACUAGAAACCUAAUAUAUCCGAAUAAUUGUUACUUUUUACUAGUUUAAAAAUAUUAUAUUCCAUUUGGGUUCAGGCAUUAAAUCACAAAGAUAAAUUGCUGCGAAUACCAUCUUACAAAAUAACAUUGCUUUAAUAAUUAAACAAAAAAAUAUAAUAAGUACACCUAAGUAAAUGUAGAAGCAAAGGCUUUGUUGGCACCAUUAUGCGUGUGUGUUAUUUUAAUCAGAUUGAAAGAUCUUUUUUAUUUUAAUUUUCAUAAUAACUAUUUUAUAAUCAUAAUAAUAGUUAUUAAAAAAUGGCUAAAUUAAAA